AUGAACCAUCACAUUCUAAAAUGUGCAAAGAAGCCUAGAACCACUGAUCCCACCCAAACUAUUCUUACAUACCCCUCUGUAGAAGGAUCUAGUUUGGGUCAUGUUAGCUCCAAAUUUGACAAGCAAGCUUGUAGAAAAGCUUUGUCAAUUUUUGUGGUUCUAGAUGAACAACCAUUUAGUGCAGUUGAGGGGGAAGGUUUUAAGUACUAUUCUAAAGUAAUGCAGCCCCAAUUUACUCUCCCAUCUAGGAGUACAGUAGCUAGAGACUGUUUUCAGCUACACUUGGAUGAGAAACAAAAACUAAAAGCCUUCUUUAAGUCUGACUGCAAUAGAGUAGCACUUACUACUGAUUUUAUUCCAAACCACAAGGGUGAUACGGUAGGUAGGAAGAUUGAAGAGGUGUUAAGGGAUUGGGGAAUUAGGAAUGUGCCUACCAUAACUGUUGAUAAUGCAACUUCAAAUGAUGUAGCUAUAACAUAUUUGCAUAGAAAAAUAUCAACUAUGAAUGGGAUGAUGAGGGAUGGAAAAUGUUUUCAUAUGAGGUGCGCUGCUCACAUAUUGAACUUGGUGGUAAAUGAGGGUUUGAAAGAUAAGCAUUUGUCUAUUACUAGUGUUAGGGAUGCUGUUAGAUUUGUCAAGUUCUCACCUUAUAGGGCAGUCAAGUUUAAAGAAUGCAUUGAAUUUGCUGGAAUAACUUGUAAAAAACUAGUACGCCUCGAUGUUUCAACUCGUUGGAACGCGACAUAUUUGAUGCUUGAGGCUGCAGAGAAGUUUCAAGCUGCUUUUGAUAAGCUUGAGUAUGAAGAGUCGAGCUAUAGGGAGUUCUUUGGAAAAGGUAGUCCUCCUAGUAGUGAUGAUUGGGACAUUGUUAGAGCUUUUAUCUCUUUUUUAAAGUUAUUCUAUGAAGCAACUAAUGUUUUUUCCACCUCUCAAAGUGGGAGUUUGCAUAGUGCUUUUCACCAAGUGUCUGCGAUCUAUUGUGAGCUGAAGCAAGCUACUAUGAACUUGAAUGGUGUUUUUGCAAGUGUGGGUGGGGACAUGAUGGAAAAGUAUAAUAGAUAUUGGGGGUGUGCUACUAAGAUGAACAAGUUGAUUUAUUUUUGA